GGAAACGCGCUGGGGUGUAUUCAUUGGGUAAAUUGCGUUGCAAAACGUUUGGUCUGUUACGAGGAACCAAACGGAAGUAAACGAAAUCUGCACCCGGGGUGUCCGCCCCUGGCUUGUCCCUCCCGUUUUUGUUCCGUUUAAGAAAGGUUUACAACAGAAUCGACGUAUUGAAUAUGCCACAGGUUUGGCGAAUGCACGUGACGAUAGACAAGCAUCAUGGCGGCGCACGGCAAUAAUGUCCAAGUAGAGAAAGUAGGAAACCCAGCAAAGAAACGAAACGUGUAAGUAACGUUAGCAAGCUAGUCAACUCCACAUGGUACGCUUAUGGACACUCACGGCAUGUAAAGAUAUCAAAGAGAGAGUAGUUUGCCAACCAGAUUGGCUAUGUCGAUUGUGUUUAGAAAUGCCAACGGGUGGCUGUUGGAUGCUUGUUCGCUUGUCGACAAGGGUGUCCAACUAUGUAACGUUACUUCGGAGAGGAAAGCAGCCAGUGGGAAGUCGCAUUUUAAAUGUUGUUUUAAACAUGAGUGUUUUCAGAUUUUAAAGUCUCACGUUAGUGUUAAAUCAGUUUGUACUGUGACCACAAACGACAGUACCGUCUCGGACGCAGCUCUACAGAGGAGUGAGAAUAAAACUACAGUGGAUUGUAAACCAUCAAAGAAAAGAAAACGAAAACGCAAUGAUCUGAACCAAGGAGAAAUUGAUUCACUUGCCUUCCACCACAAGAUCAGGUCUGCCAUUUUGGAGGGGACCAAAUCCUUAGUGGAUGCUGGGCUCUCCUGUGAGUACCUGAGUGAGGUCAACGAUGCUCGGGAGGGUCCCCUGCCUUCCCAGGAAUGCAACCUGGCAGCCUUGUGUGACAUGGCUAAAGAGCUCCCUCUAGUGAGUGAACAUGGAGAGGACCCAGUUCAGUUUAUUGAGUCUGAGGAUGGCUGUAGUACAACACACCUUGACCUGUUCACACGGAUCACAGAGAAUUGUAUGGACUUUGCCAUGGAGGUGAUGCUGAUGGGAGAGAAAUACAUUAUCCCACCACGAUGUGCCUUCCUGCUCUCUGAUUUUGCCAGAAUGCAGCCCCUGGUUGGUUAUGGAAAGUUUUUCGACCUCAUUGUCCUGGAUCCUCCAUGGGAAAACAAGUCUGUAAAAAGGAGUGGCAGGUAUAGCUUUCUGCCCUCCUCCCAGCUCAAACGGCUCCCUGUCCCACUGUUGGCCUCCACAGGCUGUGUGGUGGUCACCUGGGUGACCAACAGACCCAGCCACCUGCGCUUCGUCAGGGGCGAGCUGUACCCACACUGGGGCGUGGAGGUGCUAGCAGAGUGGUUCUGGGUCAAGGUCACCAGGUCAGGGGAAUAUGUGUUUCCACUGGACUCUCCGCAUAAGAAGCCUUACGAGGUGUUGGUACUUGGUCGAUAUCGUGGGUGCGGACACCACUCACACAGCUCUCUGAGGAAGACAGAGCUCCCUAUGGAGGAGCAACGUGUGAUCGUCAGUGUCCCAUCGGCCCUACACUCCCAUAAACCUUCACUCUCAGCACAAGACAAUGCCUUGCUAUUAAACGGAAGGACAUCAGCUGCAAGGUCUGUGCUCUAACCUGUCCGAAUGGCUAAUUGUGACCCCAGUUUGUCACAAUGUGCUGCUGUACGGCCUGAUUGGCCUUUGAUUGUUAACAAGUCAAACCUUUUCUCUGAUCCGUACAUUGUUGUUUAGAAAGCAAUAAAGCAAUGAUGAGACCUUGAAGACAAUGAUUAUGUAGAGUGGGGCUUGACAUCAACUCUCUGCUUCUUCAGGGAAAGCGAUUUGUGUGUGUUUUAUUUACUUGGGGAGCAAGAGGAAGAGGUUUGUCAGUGCCCUGUCAGCUGAAUAAAGAAGAUGAUUGGGAAAGUGGCAGGAUAUUGUGAGAUUUAAAUUUGUUAUGACUGCAUUGUGCUUUGUAACUAUUGGGUUGAGAAUAUAUUAUGAGUUUCUAAUUACGCUUUGUUUCACAGCGUUGUCUUUUCAUUGUUACAAAUAAUAAGUAAUAGAACACACGGUAUCUUUGCCUUGGGCAAGAGUUGCAGCAAAACAGUGUGAUAUCGUUUUUUCCCCCAGCCAUGAUUGAUAAGUCCACAGUCAAACUCAAAGAGCACGCUAUUUCACACUUGCCAAGUAACCCAUCAUCAUUUGAGCUGCUGUCAUUCCGAAUUGUGUGUUUUGAUAUAUCACUUUUUGGUGACGUCAUCCUCUUCUCAUCCCUGUCUCUGGCCUUCCAGCGAAUCCCCCU